AUGUCCUCGCUCGCCGCCUCCGGCGACCUCCGGGCGUCGGAGGCGGCGCGUGAGAUGGCUUGGGAGCAGCUUCAUUCUGGCCCGUGGCACUCUGUGCUGCCGAUUUGGAGGGACGCGUACUCUAUGGCGUGCCUGAAUGUGGCCAAACUCCAUUACGCCAAUGGCGACUUCAAGGAGGCACUUAGGGUUCUCGACAUGGGCUUGAUCAUGGGAGGAAUGACUCUGCGUAAGGACUUGGAUGCUGCCGUGGAGAAGGUAUCCGCGAAGGCGACUGCUCUUAAGGUUUCUGAGGACGGGACUGAAGGGGUAGCCAAGGCCCAAAACCAUGUUGUUCCUGAAAAAUUUAAUGAAGCGGAGGUAAGGUGUGGUUCCCCUUGUUUCUCUUUCGCCUAUAUAAUGUUGUUUAAUAUGGCUAUGCGUGAUUUGCUCGUGAUUCAAAAAGGCGUGGUAGUAAAUAUUUACUGCGAUUUCAUGGUGGAAUUCAGUCUUUAUUGCUUUUCAUUGCCCUUCCUGCGGAUUGCGCGGAUUGCUUUUGUGCAGAAGUCUAGUUUUAGUCGCUUCAGCAAUUCUAACUUUGCUUUUAUACAAAAAUAUCUAAAAGAUUUUCUCUUAGAACAUCAGAAGGUUUAUUGA